CCCCGAUCCUCUUCAAUACAGAAUAGAAACGAAACAGAACCAAACGCAAUCCAAACAAAUCCUAUUCUCUCAAAUCCAAUUUCUUUCCUUCUCAAAACAGAACACCCAAACAGAGCUCAAACCUCGUCUUUCAACCUCCAUCAAUGGCGAAAACAGAGGGCAAGGCCAUCGGCAUCGACCUCGGCACGACCUACAGCUGCGUCGGCGUCUGGCAGAACGAUCGCGUCGAGAUCAUCCCCAACGACCAAGGCAAUCGUACAACGCCGUCCUACGUGGCGUUCACUGACACAGAGCGGCUGAUCGGCGAUGCCGCCAAGAACCAGGUCGCGUUGAAUCCGGAGAACACCGUAUUCGACGCCAAGCGCCUCAUCGGCCGCCGAUUCUCCGACCCGUCGGUUCAGAACGACACGAAACUCUGGCCGUUUAAGGUGAUUCCGGGGCCUGGCGACAAGCCGAUGAUCGUCGUACGGUAUAAGGGCGAGGAGAAGCAGUUCUCGCCGGAGGAGAUAUCGUCGAUGGUGCUGACUAAGAUGAAAGAGAUCGCUGAGGCUUAUUUGGGAAUGACGAUUAAAAACGCGGUGAUCACCGUCCCCGCAUACUUCAACGAUUCGCAGCGGCAGGCGACGAAAGACGCCGGCGUGAUUGCGGGUCUGAACGUGAUGCGGAUGAUCAACGAGCCGACAGCGGCUGCGAUCGCCUACGGCCUGGAUAAGAAAGCGGCGAGAACAGGGGAGAAGAACGUCUUGAUCUUCGAUCUCGGCGGAGGGACGUUUGAUGUGUCGCUGCUGACGAUCGAAGAGGGGAUCUUUGAAGUGAAGGCGACGGCAGGAGAUACUCACCUCGGCGGCGAGGAUUUCGACAAUCGGCUGGUGAAUCAUUUCGUCGCCGAGUUCAAGCGCAAGUACAAGAAGGACAUCAGCGGCAGUGCUCGGGCGCUGCGGAGGCUGCGGACAGCUUGCGAACGGGCGAAGCGAGCGCUGUCAUCGACAACGCAGACGACGAUCGAGAUCGAUUCCCUCUACGAGGGGAUUGAUUUCUACGCCACCAUUACGCGGGCCCGAUUCGAGGAGCUGUGCAUGGAUUUGUUCCGCAAGUGCAUGGAUCCCGUAGAGAAAUGCCUGCGCGAUUCGAAGAUCGACAAGAGGCGGGUCGAUGAGGUCGUCCUUGUCGGCGGAUCGACUCGCAUACCGAAAGUGCAGCAGAUGCUGCAGGAUUUCUUCAAUGGGAAAGAGCUCUGCAAGAGCAUCAACCCCGACGAGGCCGUCGCCUACGGUGCUGCUGUCCAGGCGGCGAUUCUCACCGGCGAGGGCGACCAGAAAGUUCAAGAUCUCCUCCUCCUUGACGUCACGCCGCUGAGCUUAGGCCUCGAGACGGCCGGUGGCGUGAUGACGACUUUGAUUCCUCGAAACACGACGAUCCCCACCAAGAAAGAACAGAUCUUUUCGACGUAUUCCGACAACCAGCCCGGCGUCUUGAUCCAGGUUUAUGAAGGUGAGCGGGCUCGUACCAAGGACAACAAUCUGCUCGGGAAAUUCGAGCUUUCCGGCAUCCCGCCGGCCCCGCGUGGAGUCCCGCAGAUCAAUGUCUGCUUCGACAUUGAUGCGAAUGGGAUUUUGAAUGUGUCGGCGGAGGAUAAAACGGCCGGCGUGAAGAACAAGAUCACGAUCACGAACGACAAGGGACGGCUGACCAAGGAGGAGAUAGAGAAGAUGGUGAAGGACGCGGAGCAGUACAAGGCCGAGGAUGAAGAGGUGAAGAAGAAGGUGGAGGCGAAGAACGCGCUCGAGAACUACGCCUACAACAUGCGGAAUACUGUCCGGGAUGAGAAGUUUGCUGGGAAGCUGCCGCCUGGAGAUAAGGAGAGGAUCGAGAAGGCUGUGGAAGGGGCGAUCGAGUGGUUGGAUCGGAAUCAGCUGGCGGAGGUGGAGGAGCUGGAGGAUAAGCUGAAGGAGCUUGAGGAAGUGUGUAAUCCGAUCAUUGCGAAGAUGUAUCAGGGCGGUGCUGAUGCUGGUGGACCAGGGAUGGGUGGAAUGGGCGGUGGUGAUAUGCCGAGUGGAGGGUACGGUGGGUCUGGUGGGUCUGGUGGGCCUAAGAUCGAGGAAGUCGAUUGAAAAGGGAUUUGCUGUUUAUUGUUGUGGUUUCGGAAGUUGGGCGUGUUUGGCUGACCCUUAUAUCGAGUUUUUCUCUUUUUUGGUUUUCGUUUUUUUUUUUUUUUUUAAAAAAAGCUGGCUGUUGUUAGUCGUUUGAAGGCUGGUUGUAUAGUAGAGUUCAUGUUUCUUCCUUUACUUCCAAUAAGAAUAGAAAAGAUGUAGUUUUCCAAGA